AUGGCAGGGUGUUACGAGCCGAAUGGCGACGUGUAUUUGGAUGAGAUAGACACCAAUCUCGUUGAUCCAGACUUGGACGAUGUGCUUUGGUGGAGCUUACCGAAAAGCAGUUUUGCAGGUGGUACGGGAGUAAAGAAGAGUGAUAAUGGUGAGGGUGGAAAGAGAGCAAUUAAGAAAUCUAAUCAUGAGCUAGAUUUGAUGCGAAGUUCAAUGCAAAGUUCAAUGCAAGUGGAUGAUGUUGAUGGGAGUGAUCGACAAAGGGAGAGGGAUAAGAAUAGGAUGGUUUCAAAUCGACAAAGCACUAGAUAUCGAUCGAGAAGACAUGUCAACGAAUCAAUUGCCAGUGACGCAUUUGUGAUUGAUCUAUCUGAUGAAGAGGAUGAUGAAGAGGAUGAUGAAGACAUCAUCGUGAAAGAAGUGGUUAAAAAAAGAAGGAAACGAGAAACUUUUGUGAAAAGUAAAAAAGUUGAAAAGCUCAAUCAGUCCAAGAAAUCCAGACAACUGAAGCAAGUUGAGUUUAAAAAGACUAAUAUUGAUAUCGAGAUUGAUUUUGAUAAUGAAGAUAAAGAGUCUGGAUAUAGUGCGGAGAAACCUAUAGUUGUCAAAAAUAUGAAUGAAAUCAAAAGUAUAAAUACAAAGGAUUAUGAGAAUAUCGAGCUUGAUGAGAGUGCGAUAACAUUGGAAGAUUUAUGUUCAAGGGUAUUCUCAAUUGGCAGAAAGUCAAAGAACUUUGAUUUGGCUGAACAGGCCAGGAAGGAUCGAAUAAAUAGACGAAAAAACAAAAAUAGGAAUGCAAAUAAAGAUCAACAGGAAGAUAAAGGUGGCGACGACAUUAAAACUGAUGGGGAAGAUGGUCAGAAUCAGACCAAUGCUUUUGAUUUACUAGAUCCACAAUUAAACGAAUACAAGGUGGAAAAUGCAAAGGAAGAAGAUAGGCUAACUAUUAAAAAGGAUAAAGAUGGAGAUAUGAAAUUAAAAAUCGUGAAUGGAGUGAUUCAAAUUGAGGAAGAAAAACAAAUAUUCUUCCAAGAAAGCAAUUGUGUUCAGGAGGAAAGAAUACGACAAUUGAAAAGGGAUACAAAAUUCAAGAUAGUCGACCAUGAAAAUCCAUUUGAAAACAUUCUCCUAUCGAAUGCCUUUACGAAAAGUGAUCGGACAAAGACCCUCAAUCCAAAUCUGAUCUCCAGCUGGAGCAUUAAGGAAACGAUCAAGUUCUACAAGGCCUUGAGCUCCUACGGCACAGACUUCCAGUUGAUUGCCCAGCUCUUCCCGAACAAAACGCGGGAGAAGAUCAAGGGCAAGUACUCUGUGGAAACGAGGCGAAACCCGGAGUUGGUUGAGUUCUCCUUGAACAACAAAAGCGCCAUCAACGUGAAGCAGUACUUCAGGGACGUGAACGAAAACAAAGCGCCGGACAACCUCACGCACUUCAAGACGCUCGCGCAGUUCAACGACGAGCUCCGGAAAUUGCGCGAGGACAACGACCGCUUCAUCAGCAAGCUCGAGCGGAAAAUGUAG